AUGACACGUCUUCUCGAUGCAAGCUUUGUGCUUCUGCCCGCCAUCGCGUCAGCGUUGUUCGGAACCGCUUCUGCGCAAAAUGCGACAUGCGCGACCAAGGGGAAGCCAGCAGGCAAGGUUCUUCAGGGCUACUGGGAAAACUGGGAUGGAGCAAGCAACGGUGUUCAUCCUCCAUUUGGUUGGACGCCCAUCGAGAAUCCCCAGAUUCAACAACACGGCUACAACGUGAUCAAUGCCGCUUUCCCGGUUAUUCUUCCUGAUGGAACAGCCCUUUGGCAGGACGGCAUGGAUGCCACUGUGAAAGUUGCAACGCCAGCCGAGAUGUGUCAGGCAAAGGCAGCUGGCGCCACCAUACUCAUGUCGAUCGGUGGAGCGACGGCCGCCAUUGACCUUAGCUCAAGUGCUGUCGCCGAUAAGUUUAUCUCGACUAUCGUUCCGAUCCUUAAGCAGUAUAACUUUGACGGUAUCGACAUUGAUAUCGAGACGGGCUUGACCGGCAGCGGCAGUGUUGGAACACUGUCCACAUCACAGGCCAAUCUGAUCCGUAUCAUUGACGGGAUUCUCGCGCAGAUGCCUUCCAACUUUGGCUUGACCAUGGCGCCAGAAACGGCGUACGUGACAGGGGGCAGCAUUACAUAUGGAUCCAUUUGGGGCUCCUAUCUACCUAUCAUCAAGAAAUACGUCGACAACGGCCGCUUGUGGUGGCUGAACAUGCAGUAUUACAACGGCGACAUGUAUGGGUGCGCCGGCGACUCAUACGCGGCCGGCACAGUCGCGGGCUUCAUUGCUCAAACAGACUGCUUGAACAACGGCCUUACCAUCCAAGGAACUACUUUCAAGGUUCCGUACAGCAUGCAAGUCCCCGGUCUGCCUGCUCAGUCUGGUGCUGGCGGCGGUUACAUGAGCCCAAGCUUAGUAGGACAGGCUUGGGAUCACUAUAAUGGGGCCCUGAAGGGCUUGAUGACGUGGUCUAUCAACUGGGACGGGUCGAAGAACUGGACAUUCGGUGACAACUUGAACGGCAGGAUCUAA